AUGUCGAAAAAGGAGGUGUCCAAGCAGAGCAGUCCCGCCGGAUCGUCUCAACCAUCUACUACGACCGUCAGUCAGAUCAACGAUCCUGAGGGAAAGCAAACACCCCAAACCAAGCCUGCCGGCGAUGCUGCGACCAAGGGUGUCGAUGCACAGGAACAAUCUUCGAUCAAAUCCCCGCCGAUGGGAACCAGUUCUCUGAUCGGCUCGUUCAAGACCGUCCGGCCCAAAAGGCAGAAGAUGCAAAGACAGCGUAGGAAGAGUCAACAGAGUACUUCGUCUGACCUUGUCAAGCAAGACGCUGCUGGAUCGAGCGCAAAGAAGCCAUCUGAAACCUGUGAGAAGGAAUCCUCGGACGUCGAGAUGGCAUCGGUCCACGACAAGACUCUGUCGGACGUCGACAUGGGAUCUAGCCAUGACAAGACUCUCCCCGACCCAUACAGCCCCUCUCGGGAAUCGUCGCUUCUACCUACCCACCUACUCAGCUCUCCUGCUCCCUCUUCCGCCCCGUUUGAAGGACCAGAAGCUUCCUCUACCCCUCAUGCGAUCAACACCUUGCCGACCUCGUCUGUCACGCCCAACCAGGAGACCCCAGAGGUAUCCACCGACAGAAUCACUCCCUCCAGUCAGCCCCGAUCGAUCCGACGAUCAUCUCGAAGGACCGGAACCACCUCUUCGAGGCUCGAAAAGGCCAGGAAGCUGUUUCAGGACGCCGAAGAGAUCUUUUCGCCUCCGGCUACCGUCGCCAACAAGCCAAAGGAAGAGAGGCCGCUCAAGGAUUUCGAAUUGGAUUAUGAUAGCGCUGGUACGGAGGUCAAAAAGGAGACGAGGUCGCAGAUGUUGGCCAAACAGAGGAAGGGACAAUUCUCCGGCAACGUCGAGCUCGAGCUGGGUGCCAAAUCUUCUCUGCCACUUCACUCUUCUUCGCUAGCACGCACCGAAGCCAAAAGCCAGACUCCGCCGGCAGCGGUCGAUUCGAGCUACUCUGCUCACAACCGCGUCUGGAGUGCCGGCCUUUCUGCGGCUAGUCCUCCCUUCGUACCCCAGAGCCUCGCCCAGACCGGAUCCCAGCCAUCUGUUCGUCCUCAAACUCAGCAUCCUGAUGGUACCGAGAGCUACUCGAACAAGGAGACCGGACCGAUCGACACAAUGCCGCAAACUACAGGUCAAGAUCGCUCAAUCGAAGGCUUACCGACGAGCCAGAAUCAGGGAGGCUACACUAGCGCUAUGAACUUUAUCGGCGGUGUCGGCAGACAGGAUAUGAAGUACAACGACUUGCAAGCAUUUUCCAGGGAUUUCGGAAUCCUUCCCGGCUCGGAGGAAGAAACCAAAGCGAUCGUCAGCGGAAGGGUACGCAACUGGACCAUGUCUCAAUUAGGAAAGGGCAAGCCGAGUAUUGCUCCGUCGGACCGUUUCGUCAAGCGCGAACCUAGCAUCUUGGAACUGGUCCACGCGCAUAUGGAAUCGUCGGACGGCGUCGUUCUCACUCGUCAACCUCUCGGACCGGCUCAAGCCAAGAGACGGACUACCAGCUCGGGCUCUCUCAGUUACGUUGACCCUCAAAGACGAUUGCGCUCGGUCACGCUCACCAGUAUCCCUGCCGAAGGCGAGAGCGAGGAGGAACAGAGCAAACGAUCCCGUUCCAAGGACAACAGGCACGGUCGUUCUCAUACUUCAGCCGACAUUCGAAGCACUCAACAAGACGUGCGUCCUGAACGCACUCUGCCCGAUCAACCAGAAUCCAUCACUACCAGCAGCGAUAUCGAGGAUCAUCUUGCUGAUGAUUCGGAUGUCGAUUCCAUUGGCGAGACGGUAUCUGCGAUGAGCACGACCUUUGGUCUCGGGCCGCGACAGAAGGCCACUUCUCCUGGUAGCGGCCAAGUUUCCGAUGCGGAGACCGAACAGGGAGAUAACGAGGCGGACAAGGGAUCUCAAGCCAAUCCUCGAAAGCUUACCGGAAUCAGUCCUGCCAUGCGAGGCGACUUCCAGGGGCGGGUUCUCCAAUUCGGUACCAGCGAGGAAGAGUACCAACCCCUCAAGACUCGAAUGAAUUCCUCAACCUCGUCGAUCGCUAGUAUCGCUGGUACGCACGGAUCGGUCAUAUCUCCUCCUCCUGGUCUCACAAAGGCCACCAAACCUUUCAAGUCCCCAGUUGCCAAGGCGCUUGAGACCAGAAAGUGCGAUACUUGCGGUAGGGCUACGGCAACGAGCGUUUUGACUUUGAUGGAGCCUUGUUACCACCUUGCCUGUUUCGAUUGCCUCAAUGCCGUGCUCAACACUGUGUGCUCGAACGGACCGGGUGGUAACCCAGGCAGAUCGCGAUGCUCAUCUUUCGGAUGCGGGAAAGAAACUGUCGGCAUCAUCCCUUACCUCUUGGCUAGUCCGCCCGUGAGGCAGCAAGCGGACAAGCUCGAGGACAAGGAGACCCAACUGCGAUUGGCGUUUGAUGCUUUGCCCGAUGAGAAUGAGGAGACUGUGGUCGUCAGGAUGGACAAUGUCGCCUGGGACGUCACCCCGGAAGCGGUCGUUGCCUUUUUGCCACCCAACACGCUUGCCGACAAUCUCAUUCAGAACGUUCAUAUCAUGCUCGAUCGUAACGAUGGUAAAGCCAAGGACUAUCUGUUCUUUGAGUGCCGGGACAGGCAAGCCGCCACGCAGGUGUUGCGAAGCCGACAAAAUGCGGUUCUGGGUCAUCCUCCUCGAGCCCGCCCCGUCACGCUCACUCUCUCUACCCAUGCUGCCUUGAUCACCGAACUUCGCCCCUCCGGUCCGCGUGAACUCGAAAACCUGAUGUCUCUCUGUCGCUCCAUCGAUAUGGCUCCUGAAUCUACCGUUACCGACAACCCCGCGGGUCUGCAGACCCCUCAGCAAACACCUCGACGAGGCGAGGGCUCUGUGAUCGCCUCUCCGGCUCAGAGUGGGCGAUUCCUCAAGAGCCCGCUCGCGCCUUUCCACAGCCUCAUGUCGCUCCUGUCCAAGAUCGCUGCCAAUGACGAAGACAAGGCUGGUGGAAGCAAAACCUCGGUGAUCUACUGGGAUUUGUUUGCGUGUGCUGCCGGUGCUAUCUCUGUGCUCGCAAAGAGGACUCUCGCCGCCCACCGAUCGCAGUUGCCUCCCACUCCUCCUGCGUCGAAACUCGAUCUUCUCGCCAAAGCCAACUCUUCGCCUUUUCAUCAGACGAUGCAAUCUGUCUCUCCUACUCCGGCUUUCCACAUCCGGACCGAGAGCCAGAUCCAGCGUUCUUCCAUCGAAGCCAAAGUUCGAGAGAAACUCGAACGAGACCAAGCGCGUCAAGCCGGACCGGGUCCGCUCGGCACUCCCAGGGCGCCUGGACGAGCCCGCGCCGACCCUGUUACUCCCGGCAAGUCCUACAACCCGAUGGAAGCCACGCAGCACAGAAUUCAGGAGGAAGCUCUCGCCCAUCUCCUCAUCGGCGCUUUCGAAAAGACCUUUGGUUUCCGCAUCAAUCAAGGAGGCAUCGCGUCCAGGUCUCCCGCCUGACCAUUGAAACAACGCUCAUCAAGAGUGAUCGGUCAUCGCACUCGCUUAUACACACGCUCGUUUUGACUCGUUCCACAUAUAUUUGAC